CCUUCCUUUCCAGACAGUGCCUUUGAGUGUGCGUCCCUCGAGGAGGCGAAGAGAGCAGCCAGCGCAGGCGAGGAUGGAGCAGCCAGAGCUGAGGAAGGGGAGGCUCACCCUUGUGUUGGCCAUCGCCACCCUGAUAUCAGCCUUUGGCUCCUCCUUCCAGUAUGGGUACAACGUGGCUGCCGUGAACUCACCAUCAGAGAUCAUGAAGCAGUUUUACAACGACACCUACAAUGAGAAGACAGGGGAGCUCAUUGACGAAUUCCCCUUGACUCUCCUGUGGUCGCUCACCGUGUCUAUGUUCCCCUUCGGCGGCUUCAUCGGGGCCAUCUUGGCCGGUCCUCUGGUGAAUCAAUUCGGCAGAAAAGGCGGGUUAUUGCUCAACAACAUCUUCUCCGUGGUGCCCGCGAUAUUGAUGGGCUGCAGUAAAGUCGCCAAGCUGUACGAGCUCAUCAUCUUCUCCAGACUCCUGGUGGGAAUCUGUGCAGGUGUCUCUUCCAACGUGGUCCCUAUGUACUUAGGGGAGCUGGCCCCCAAAAACCUGAGGGGGGCCCUUGGAGUAGUGCCCCAGCUCUUCAUCACUGUCGGCAUCCUUGUGGCUCAGCUGUUCGGCCUUCGGAAUGUUCUAGCAAAUGAGACUGGCUGGCCCUUCCUGCUGGCGCUGACCGGGAUCCCCGCGGUGCUGCAGCUCCUGAUCCUGCCCUUCUUCCCCGAGAGCCCCCGCUACCUGCUCAUCCAGAAGAAGGACCCCGAGGCCGCCAGGAAGGGUCCCCACCCCCAGGACCAGGUCUCCUGGGUGCCAUACAUCAGCAUCACCUGCGUCAUCGCCUACGUCAUUGGACACGCCCUCGGGCCCAGUCCCAUCCCUGCGCUGUUCAUCACUGAGAUCUUCCUGCAGUCCUCUCGGCCAGCGGCCUUCAUGGUGGGCGGCAGUAUCCACUGGCUCUCCAACUUCGCUGUGGGCCUCAUCUUUCCAUUCAUUCAAAUGGGCCUCGGCCCCUACAGCUUCAUCAUCUUUGCCGUCAUUUGUCUCCUCACCACCAUCUAUAUCUCCAUGGCUGUCCCCGAGACCAAGGCCCAGACAUUCAUUGAGAUCAACAAGAUCUUUGCCAAGAUGAACAAGGUGUUGGAAGUCCACCCAGAGAGGCAGCCGCCGGACCUGCCAUUAGCCAACUCCCGUGGGAGUGAGGCCUGGGGUCCUAGGUAUCUGGACCUGAGGAAUGAGACUAGAUUGGCAAGAAUGUAGGCCGGGCCUCCUCACCAGCCUCCAGCCUCCAGCCUUCCCUGAGUCACGAGGACAGUGCCCCCCAUCCCUGCUGAGUUCGCCCCUGCAGGACUCCUGGUGGUGACACAGCUUUGCCAACAAAAACAAUGUGUGCAGGGCCAGCUGGGAGGCCCGUGAUCACCCGCGGCUCUCACGCUUUGGGGGCCACCAGUGUUUGUGCAGAGCUGGAUUCGACCUUUGACACCUGACGUGCAAAGCCUGGUGUUUGGCCUAAAGGAAGCCCAGACGCUGGAGGACCUCUGGCAGAGUUAACCGAGUCUCAGUUGCGGUGUUUGUGGGAAAUGGAACUGCUGUGUGUGUGUGCUGUCAAUAAAACACAUCUGUUUGCCUUUC